CUGACGUGUACCAUUCAAAACAAAGCAGCAACUGCAAGGAAUCGUCUUCCCGGUCCAAGAAACCAUGGUCAUUUCAUCAGAAACUGUGCUCGGAGUAUAAAAAGAUAAAAAGUACACGAUCUACCACAGCAUCAAGAGUUUCCGUUCCAACAUGAAGGUGUGUAAGCGAGCGAUAUUAUUUGCUUUGUUGAUGGUGUUUUCCAUCACCACCGGACAGACGACAGCGACCGGCGGCGGUGGCGGUUCGAAUGAAUCGAAAUUCGUGCCCACCAGCGAGUGGCAGGAGAUCAAGGAAGGCCAAUCGAUCCCGCAAGGACUGCACGUAAGGAUAAAUCUAACCAGUGGUAAAAAGGAAGCCAAACUUCUGGACAAAGAGGAUGGCGGUGGAGAGACGGAUUCAUCAUCGCUCUCGAUGGUACCGGGAGAAAAGCUGAAGGACCACCAAGUAUCCGGUUCGCGGGAGGCCGGCACCACAGAAACCGUCGCUGGUAUGAAACUGGAAGCGCUGAAGCAAGCGCUCAAAGACAUUCCAGCCAACGAGUACCCGGAAGAACCGAUCGACCAAUCGGAACGCGGUCGGUUCAAAAGCUACGAACAGAUCAAGCAAGAGCUGAAAGACGCCAACGUGGAGCUGAAAAGCGACAGUGAAAUUAUGACCGCUCUGUUCGGCCGCUUCGAGCAAGUGCUACAGCAAACGUCCCCCACCGACCGGCAAGAAUUGGAUGCACUGUUUGAAGAUCUCGAGUACCUGGCACACCAGAUCGAUAACGCGCUACAGUUCAUCGACCGUGGCGGUGUGGAGAAAAUCAUCUGGCCCAGCAUUAACCGCACCGAGGACGGUGUUACGCGCACGAAAGCACUCCAGCUGCUCGGCACGGUCGUGCAGAACAAUCCCAAGGCAAAGGUCGCACUGAUCGAGCGCAACGGCGGUACGAACCUGCUCACGGCACUCGGGCGCGCUUCAACGACGGACGAAAUUUCGGCCGCCCUAUACGCGUUCGGCAGCUUGGUACGCAAGUUCCCCUUUGCCCAGAAGCAGCUGCUAACGCCCCACGGGUACAGCGUGCUGUACGGCGUGUGGGAAAAGAAGGUCGAGCUGAAGGUUAAGGUGAAGGUGCUGCAACUGGUUGCGGACGUGCUGGAGGAUUACCAGAGCGCAACCGCCGGCGGCGGCGGAGGAGAAAGUGACCAAACGACCGCAGAACAGUACCGUUCGACCAAGCUAGUCGAUGGCUUACAGCGGACCGAAUUUUGCCAACAUGCCGGAGCAUUCUUUCACCAGCAUAAGGCGAGCCUCAUACCGCAAGACAACCUGACCGAUGAUACGGUAAAGGCGCUGAAAGUGUGCAAACAGCUGUGCCACGAACCGUGGUCCCAGUGUCCACUGUUCCGGCAUACGCUGCUAGUGCUGCGUAACAAUCUCGAUCACCGAUUAGACGAGGAUAGUGAGUUGGCUGAGUAUAGGAAAGAGAUUAGGUGUAGCCUCGAUGAUCUGAUCGUUGAGUUGUACGGUAAACCGAAAGAUGAACUGUGAGAGUGUGGGAGCGCGGAACAAAUUUAGAAAGUAGGAGCUAGGAAACAAGGCUACAAAUAAAUUAUUUAUAUUCCCAACCUAAAUGGCGAAUUUCCCGUACGAUACCGGUACGGUGGUAUAUUGUGCUCAAACUGGGUCGAUGCAUCGCCAGCAAUCUGGACCGGAACCGGUUGCUUACGUCACGAGUACAUUAUAUCAUAGACACGAACAGUAAACUAUUUGCUCAUAUUAGUUUGUUUAAAUUUUGAAAAUGUACUUCUGUUAUUAAAAUAGAUACGACUGAUGUUAAACGCGUGUGCUAAACUGAACUACCAACUCUGACUAGAGAAUAAACAAAAAAACACUCCAAGAAAGCAAGUAGGCUGCUUUUGUGUUUUGGA